CCUCCCCCCGCGGUGCCCCCGGCCAGGGAUGCGGGUACCGAAAGCGCGGUGGCUUUAGGGGAGCGCAGUGGGUUGAUCGUGCCGAGGGCCCCACCCGUGGGCAGGGUCCGUACAUCCCGGGUGGGUCCUUCUUUCCCCCGCUCAGCCACAAGCAGAGCAUGGGCCGCCGGGCUGUCCCCGCAGCAGGGACAGCCGGGCUUCCCGCUGCCCCCCGACGGCUUCACCCGCGGUGGGGCGGGGGGGGGGAAGGGAGGGGGGAGGCCGGGCGGAGCUCCGCGGACCCACCGCCCCCCCUGCCUGCCGGGGCCGCCCCCUCGGCCGUGGGGGCAGCGGGUCGGGGCGGCCCCGCACACCUGCGGCUCGGCGCUAAGCCCCGGCCCCCAGUUUCCUGCCCGCGCUCCUCCCCCGGUUCCCCGGGGCCCCGCACGGCCUGAACCGCCCGGCCCGGCCCGGCCGCUCACACCCAGCGCGGCCCGAGCCCGACGGGACGUGCCCGGAGCGGCGGAGAGGCACAAGGCUCCCUAAAAGAUGGGCGACUGGGGUUUCCUGGAGAAACUGCUGGACCAAGUCCAGGAGCACUCGACUGUGAUCGGGAAGAUCUGGCUCACCGUGCUCUUCAUCUUCCGCAUCCUCAUCCUGGGCUUGGCUGGGGAGUCUGUGUGGGGGGACGAGCAGUCGGAUUUCGUGUGCAACACCAAGCAGCCAGGCUGCACCAACGUCUGCUAUGACAAAGCCUUCCCCAUCUCCCACAUCCGCUACUGGGUGCUCCAGUUCCUCUUUGUCAGCACCCCAACCCUGAUUUACCUCGGCCACGUUGUCUAUCUCUCCCGGAAGGAGGAGAAGCUGAAGCAACAGGAGAGCGAGCUUCGGGCUAUCCACAGCAAGGACCCAAAGAUCGAGCAGGCCCUGGCAGCCGUGGAGAAGAAGAUGUCCAAGAUCUACAUGACAGAGGACGGGCGACUCAAGAUCCGAGGGGCGCUGAUGUGGACGUACCUCAUCAGUGUGAUCUGCAAGAGCAUCUUUGAGGCUGGCUUCCUCGUUGGCCAGUGGUACCUGUACGGCUUCUCCAUGGUGCCCCGCUAUGUGUGCAAGAGGGACCCUUGCCCCCAUCAGGUUGACUGCUUCAUCUCCCGCCCCACCGAGAAGAGCAUCUUCAUCAUCUUCAUGCUGGUGAUGGGCCUGAUCUCCUUAAUCCUGAACCUCCUGGAGCUCUUCCACCUCUGCUGCAAGAACCUGCUUAGUAACAUCAAGAAGGUGUCGGGGCCGGCUGGCCUGAGCCGGGACGCCUUUGCCGACAGCAUGGUCUUGGGUCCCUACCCACCCAAGCACUACCCCUUCCUGCCCAUGGCUGAGAGCCACACGCCGCCCUACCAGGCCUACAACAAGCUCUCCAGCGAGCAGAACUGGGCCAACUUCCACAACGAGGAGAACCUGGCGCUGGGCAGCGGCAGCAGGUCGCUCUCGGACCCCUACGCCCCCAGGGCUGCCGAAGCCCCCACCCCAGAGGAGAAGCUGUGCAGCCGGCCCGGGAGCUCAGCCUCCAAAAAGCAAUAUGUCUAGUGCUGGGCUGGCCCCGGGCGGCCGAGGGGACCUUCCUUGGUCCCUCGUGCCUGCGAAGGUGCUGGCCGUGGGCAGGCAGCUGCCUCCCGCCUGGUGCUGUGCCAUACGGAUGGGUCCCUGCCCGCAGGGACCUGCCUGCCCCUGGGGUGCGGCGCUCAGGAGCCUCCGCUCUCUCCCAUUUUCCCCCACAGACCCUGCAAGGAAGGAAACUGCAGAAAGUUCCCCAGGACGGCGUGUGCCUCGCCGUGGGAAAGGGAGAAAUCCCUGGAGCCACCGCCGCUGGGAACAGGCUGUCCCCGAGGCUGCGACCCCCUCGGGAGCCGCGGCUUGGCCGGACCCCGGGGCUCGCCGGAGCCCCCGCCGGCGUGAGAGCCGGGCGUGUGGCCGUGGGAAGCCGCUCGCCUCUGCACGGAGCAGGCUGAGCCUCGGAGGACUGGAGGGAACCGGGCUGGGGCACCGCUGCCUGAGGGGUCCUGGCCACCAGCCCCGUCCCGUUCCUGUGACCCCGGUGGGGAGCCAGUGGGGCCGGUGGCUUCUGCCCAGGGUUUGCUGGAGGAGCUGCCCCCCUUCACGUGGGACAACGAGGGGGUUAAGCUGGCGGCAGCUCGCGGUCGGGGCUCUGCAGUGAUGGGCUGAUCCCGAUGGCUGCAGGGUCACUUCUUGGGUGCCCCAGGAGUGUGAGUCCCGCCGCUCCGCCUCCUGCCCCUGGACCCUUUCCCAUGUGGUGCGUGUCUCUUAAGUUAUUUUUAUCCUGCUGGCCUGAGCAUGGAGCUUUCUGCCUUAAAGGUGCAGCUGUGAGGGGGAUUUGGGGAGCCGUGUCCAGCCUGGGCCCCGCACCCUCCAGCCCUGUGGUUUUUGGGGAGGAAUUAGCCUGGCGACUGCUCGUUUGGGGGGUUAUUGGUUUUAUUACUUUGCACUAGUCAUCUCCUGCUGUGGGCUGAGGGGCUGGGGGGGAUGGAAGAACCAACAGCCCCCCAUAAAAACCGUUGCCCCAACUUCCCCAGCCCAGCGACGCUGUGAAAGGGGAAGGUCCUGCCGUGACCAAAGGGCUAUUGAUCCUCAAUGCUGUUUCCUUUCCCCCUGGCAGACUCAGUGCUGCAUCUUGUUGAAUAAAGCUGGAUGGAUGAAAAA